AUGGAAACUAAAGAAGUAGAUCAUGAAAGAAUGAGAUUUCUCAGGGAUAAAUUCAAUGUAUGGGCUCCUAUGUAUGAAACUACUGUCGAGAAAGUUAGCAUUCAAAGCUCAUUCAAUCUUUACAGUGUAACAAGAGCUAACAAAGGCUCUAAAAUAUGUGAAGUUGGAGCAGGCUGAGGGCUCUCAGCAAGACUCUUUAUCUCUUAUCUAAUGAAAGAUGAUUCUUCAUACUUUGUGUCAGACAUUUCUGACGAAAUGAACAAGAUUUUUGUUCAAAGAUUUUUAGACACAGACACUGCCUUAGAUCCAAAUGUAAAGAUAGAGUCUCUAGAAGAGAGUGAAUCAAUAGAUGUUGACAAAGAAAUCAGCAGAUUCAGUGAUAGAUUUUCAAAAAGAAUUUUUAGUCUUAGGGCAAAUAAUGAGUUUCUCCCAUUUCCAGAUGGAUGCUUCGAUGUAUACAUCUCAACUCUUUCUCUUAUGAUCGUUCCUAAUCCAGAAAACCAACUCUCAGAAGCCUACAGAGUGCUUGAAGAAGGAGGGAUUGCAGGUUUCAGUGUUUGGGGCAGAAAAGAAAACUGCACAAUGAUGACUUUUGUGGGAGAAGUAUUUAAGGAAGCACAGCUUGAUUAUACUUCGGGAUCUGGUUCAAGCUUUAAACUUAGCGAUAAGGAUGCUCUUGUUAAAGAUGUAAAAAAAGUUGGAUUCAAAGAUGUGAAAGCAUACUAUACAAUGACAAAUCCUGGAUUUGCUUCUGUAGAAGAAAGCUACAACUACGCUAUCACUGCUGCUGAUGCUAAACUAUCAUACGAAAGCUGUACUGAAGAACAGAAACAGCAUUUUAAAACAACUUUCUAUAAUAUGUAUGAGGAGAGAUAUGGAGACAGUACUUCAGAAAUGAUGAACUGGGAAACUCUAGUCGUAGUCGCCAAAAAAUAA